UCUCCCAUUGGGUGGUGUCUGCGAAAUCCGCGAUGUGUCCGCCCUCCGGCGUCCCUGGCGGCCGCUCAUAGGCGGCAGCGGGAGCGGUUCUCCCCACCCCCAGCGCCCCGCGUCGGUGCCCGGCAGCCAGAGGAUCGGCCCCGCCGCCAUCGCCAUGGGCACCCGGGACGACGAGUACGACUAUCUCUUCAAAGUUGUGUUGAUUGGGGACUCUGGAGUAGGGAAGAGUAAUCUUCUGUCACGCUUCACUCGCAAUGAGUUCAACCUUGAGAGUAAGAGCACCAUCGGGGUGGAAUUUGCAACCAGAAGCAUCCAAGUGGAUGGGAAGACGAUAAAAGCCCAGAUCUGGGACACUGCAGGGCAGGAACGAUAUCGUGCCAUAACCUCAGCCUAUUACCGUGGUGCGGUUGGGGCCCUCCUUGUCUAUGACAUUGCCAAACAUCUCACCUAUGAGAAUGUCGAGCGUUGGUUAAAGGAGCUCCGGGAUCAUGCAGACAACAAUAUUGUCAUCAUGCUGGUGGGAAACAAGAGUGACCUGCGCCAUCUGAGAGCUGUGCCCACCGACGAGGCCCGGGCUUUUGCAGAAAAAAAUAACUUAUCUUUUAUUGAAACUUCGGCCCUGGAUUCCACAAAUGUAGAAGAAGCCUUCAAGAACAUCCUCACAGAAAUCUACCGCAUCGUCUCACAGAAGCAGAUUGCAGAUCGAUCUGCACACGACGAGUCUCCCGGCAACAAUGUAGUUGAUAUCAGCGUCCCGCCAACCACCGAUGGACAGAAACCCAACAAACUCCAGUGCUGUCAGAACCUGUGACCUGUAGAUGCUCUGUGCCCCUCACAUCGUCUGUGCUUCAGUUAGAAACUUGUGUGGGCUUCUUUCAGAUAUUUCCUGUGAUUCAGUGACUUCCUGUGUUCCUCUUCUCCACACCCCUCCCCAACCCCCUUCUUUCAUCUUAGAGCUUUAAUUGUAGGGCUAACAUUCCCUUGCCUCUGAAAUUCCCUUUUGAAUGUGAUGACUUUUGGGCUUGAAAUGUAGGCACUGAUCUGUUAGACAUACUUGUUGUGGAACAUCUGCUGCUGGAUGUUAUCCCAUGAAGCACUCUCCUCAAAUUUAUAUUUUUAUUUUUGUGUGGGAGAGGAGGCAUGGGAGCUUGGUUAGAAUGGCUGAAGAAAUUACUACAUUUAGGCUUUCAUUUGCCUUGUAGUCAGACUUUUUCACAGCACCUUAUGUUUCUGUAAACAUGAGGGAGAAAUUAAAAGAUACCUAGUCUACCAAAUGUUCUGUUUUCUCUCCAGCUGAAGUAUCACAGUGAGGUUUUUAGUGGCUGCACACACGAGUGGUGUUGAAAAUAACCUUACUUAUUAUGUAAUUCCCCUGAAUGCAGAGUUAGUCUGGCUGUGCAGUUUACUGUUUCCUGCCUGGGAAAUCUGCUCUACUCUUAAUUUGUUUUAUUUGGGAUCAAUGAAGUAUGUCUGCAUUGCAUUAUUUGCCACGAUGGAUGCCUGUUCAGCUCUGGGCAGGCAGUAUGAAGUGGCUUAAUAUUUAUUCUUGGCUUUGUUAAUUAACAUUAAUGUACAGUAAGUGCCAGCAUAUUAAUUUUAAGGUCCUUUUGCAAGCUGUAGAACUAGGUUCCUUUUAUACCGUAGAUCAGUGUCUGGAGGAGAAAUCUUCUCUAGUCCCAGAAUUGUUUUGCAUGCUGCUUUCUCACUAGGUCUAUCCCUAAAUCCGUUUGAGUGAGAGUAAAGCAAUAUUUUCAUGUCAUGUACAUACCUGCACUGGUAAGGUUUUUUUCGGUUGUUGUAGAGAAACCCAAUACUUUAUACAUUUUGUAAAGCUUAUGCAGAACCACAGCAUCUUGGAUUAUCUUUCCAUUAUCGUUCACUAUUGACUUGGUGCUUAACUUUUUUUUUCUUGACCUCUACUAAACUGUAUAAAAUUCUGAGUAAUACACACUGUCCUGCUACUUCACUCUUAGCCUGUUUUCUGAAUUGCAGCUUGUAACUUCCAAAUGACUAAUUCAUAUGAUAUGACUGAUUAUCUGUUAUCAGUAGGGCUAACAACUAUUAAACUUGUUAAAUAGGAAUAAUUUUAUCACAAACUUGUCAGUCGCUUGCUAGCUUGUGAAAAUCCUCUGUGGGGAAGGGUUCAUCGGUCACCAGCUCUGGUACUGUUGCAUCUUUGCAGUAAGCAGUGUUGUGUUGAAAGAGUACCAGGUGAAAUGAUCAAAACAAGGCAUUGGGAGCACCCACUCUCUGUUCUUGGGAGGCUAGCUGAAGCAACUUGCUUCCAAAUUCUGAGUCCAGGCCUCACUUGACACGUCCCACCUUGCAUGUCAGUGAGUUGUCGAUUUUUAUGUUACAAAGUGAAUCUGAAACUGUACAUUGUGUGCUUGGGGUGGGGGGAGUUGACAUUCCAGUCUCAACUGUUUUGUAUCUGGUUAUGUAAUAAAAUUAAGGGCAGUGAA